GGAUAAUAGAGAUGAGGUGUAACUGUCAGCAUAACACUCGAUCUGGAAAAGUAAAGGCUCACCACAGACACAGUGAGAGUACUGCUGAGGUGCACUGUGGAUGGUGUGGUGCCAGCUCACAGCUCCCUCCUCUGUGAAUUUGUCUGUCUCCCGACCUACGAGAGCCCUGACUCAGCUCUCUUCAGACUGAUGGUCCUGGGGACAGGGGCUGAGGGGGGCGUGGCUUCCAGUGACACCCCCGGCAGAGUUGGAACCGAUAGCCUACUCACUCUCAAGGCUGAGGUUUGUACUUAUGUAUGUGUAUGUCGACAACGAGGUCAAAGCAAAGCAAAGGCAAACAAGUCAACUGCACCCAGGACAACUCUAGAAUUGCUGCCCUGGAUGGGAUGCAUGUGCUCUUUACAUAUAAUUUAUAGGAGUUUGUGGAUAUUGCAUGGUAAUAAUUGUGGGUAUAUAAAGCGAGCCCACCUGUAC